AUGGCAUUACCAUCACGAAUCGUACAUGUGCGCUUGCGACGCGCUCAAGCGCAGGACGAAGAACGAGCCGCUUUAAUUAGAACACUCCAAUCAGAGCAAGAGCAGCACACGUCAUUCGGUCCCGAGACUGAACCCGUUUGCAAAACCCGUCGCCUUUCCAGCAACAAUGGCGAUAACGAUGACGACGACGACGACCCCAUCAUCGUCAAGCUUUCUUCGCCCCCUUCUUCAUCCCCUGGGGCAAAUAGCAACGCCUCGGCCACUUCCUUCAAAGAAGGACAUCACCACCACCAUCAUCACCGAAGUCUGGUUCGGGAGUCGUCCAGCUCCGUCAUCCGAGCACGCUCUCCCGCUGGAAGCAGUGUGGGUAGCAACAGUCGACCUGGGUCAAGGGCCGCUGCUCCGGCCGUGAUUAGCUCGACGGGUGGAAAUGGGAAGGAAGGCCGGGAGAAGGAAAUGUCGAUGAGAGACGACGUUGGGAAUCGAGGAGAAAGGCAGCAACAACAACAGGACGUGAUAACCACGAUGCCCCGAAGUCACCACACCCUCCUCCCCAACUCCCUAAAGAACGGGCAUCAUCACCACCACCACCACCCAUUUCAGAAGCCCAAUGGAGGCUUCUCAUCAUCAAUCUCGUCAUCACGAGGGGCGGCUCACGGGAGUCCGCACCAUGCUACGAGCGGAGGCAGUAAGGGGAUCCAUCAGGGUUCUUCUCAUACGAAGGGCUCCUCGUCCUCAUCUUCCAUCCCUUCAUCACCCACAACAAUUCCGGGGUCAUCCUCAUCCCUCACACUGGAACAUGUGAAUGGUAUCGGGGCCCUGAAAAUGUAUCCAAAUUUUCCUUUCAGUGGGGCCGAGACGGUGAUAGACGGGAUAAAUGACUCUGUGAACAAAAUGUUGGACAUGUUCAGACUCCCCAAAGAAAUCGACUUUCUAUGCUAUCGAAUUCUGAAAGAUUAUCGAGGCGACUUCAAACUUGCAUCAUCCAGGAUUCUCGAGGCUCAAACGGAGUACCGUUCCUACGAGUUGGUGCGAGAAGCGGCGCGGACGAACCCCUACUACGCCUCCGUCUACCCCUACUACUACACCCACUUGGGCGCACAGGCCGACAUUUACAGCGCCUUUGCGGCCGCCUCCACCCGCGAAAUCCCACCGUAGCAGGAUUCGCCCCUUCUCGUCUGUCCCAAAGAAACUCAUCCACAUUGACUUGAUCAAAUUAAUGGACACUUUUAUUUCAAUCGUUAUAAUUUUCAAGACGAGACCAACUAUUUGUGUCAUAAGAGACUGCCGUAUCUUGUAACUGAUUUUGUUAGUAGUGCGUGUGACGAGUUAUUGUUAUUUGUUAAUGUCGCACACACUUACAUAUUUGCUAACUCUAAAUUGUUCACAAAACGAGGAUUUUUAGACUACAGUAUGCAUACAGAUCAUCACACAUUUACAGAAUGGACGAGCAUCUGCCCACUCACUAUCAUGAUUUUGUAAAAAAGUUACCUCUGGAUGCGGUAAACAUUUGUACAUUAUAACUUAAAUCCAAAAUCUCGCUAGAGAUCUUUUAAAUAUUAUUAACCGUAAGAAUGCAACAGCUACUUAACCUUGAUGUCAAUAGCAUAUGCACAAAGUUGAAGAGUCCCUAAACACUACAUAGUUCACCUGCGUGACAUGAAUACUUUGGUCUCAAAUUCCCCAACAAUGGUGUUAUCUCUGGACUAUGAGAAUCUCGAUUAUCAGUCCACAUUCACUUGUGAAACCCAAAGAAAAGUAUUUAUACAUUGGGAGAAAAUAAGAAUGCAGUGCAUAAAGCCAUUUCAACCCAACCAGUCAAAAUAAUGUGAAAAAGUAGUAGAUCGCUAAAUUAAUAUUUACAUAAAUUAAUUGCACCUUAAUAAGCGUUUAAUUACUGCAGAAUCAUUCAUACCAAGAAUAGAUGGAUGGUGGUCGUAGUGAUUGUGUAAGUUAGUUGUAGUACUCGUAAGUGCAUGACGAUGAGUACCUUCAAAUCGAAACGGAUGGAAAAGAGGACAUGUAUGAAGUGUGCAAGGCAGAGACCUUAAAUAGUUUAUUUCUUAGUGGGAUGGUAAAGGAAGGACAACAAGUAUCUCUUGUAUCUCACCGGUGUAAUAUUAGCAUUAACAAAAUAUACAAGUAAUGUAAUCCUUUGUUGAUGUCACACUUGAUGGACGGGACUCUAAAAUGUUUUUACAUUAGUUUAGUAAAUAGGAAAAAAGCUCCUACGCAGAUACAUGUAUGGUUUGCCAACAUGGUAGAAAAUGUCAGUGAAAUGUUGCGCACAAUGUACGCAACAACCUCUCCCACCCCUGCUUCUGCAAAUAAAUAAAAUAAAAACUUAUGCCUGGAAAAAA